UCCACUUGGUUUCUUCUCAGGCUGCACCCCUUACUCCCCCACCCCCGCGCGCGCGUGCGCGCGCGCGUGUAAAUGUGGGCAUUCCUUCGCAUCGAGAAGAGCGGCAGUCGGAGGUUGAGGGUCCGCGCAGAGAGGACGCACUCCGGCAGAAAUCAGCCAUCGGCGUCGCCGUUACAAAACAGGAAAACAUGCAGGCAGAUGGCAAGGUGGUCGAUGGCAGCCUGCUGGGAGAUGCCAACGGCGUCGAGCCUGCACCAGGCAGAGUUAAGGAUUCUGGGAAGUGGCAGAAACCGCGGUUCUCUCGGAAAGCUCUGAUGAAGUGCUGCCUGGUCAAAUGGAUCAUCGCCAGCACGCAGCCACAGGACAAAGACAGCAGCGACAGUGAUUUGGAGUUAUCGACAGUGCGUCACCAGCCAGAAGGGCUGGACCAGCUGCAGGCUCAGACCAAGUUUACCAGGAAGGAGCUUCAGUCUCUCUAUCGAGGCUUCAAGAACGAGUGUCCCAGUGGAAUGGUUGAUGAGGAGACAUUCAAGACCAUCUAUUCUCAGUUCUUUCCCCAAGGAGAUGCUACCACAUAUGCUCACUUCCUGUUCAACGCAUUUGACAUAGACAGAAACGGUUCAAUCCGCUUUGAGGACUUUGUCAUCGGCCUGUCAGUGUUGCUCAGAGGUUCAGUCACUGAGAAGCUCAACUGGGCCUUUAACCUCUACGACAUUAAUAAGGAUGGCUACAUCACCAAAGAGGAGAUGCUGGCGAUUAUGAAGUCAAUCUAUGACAUGAUGGGGAGGUACACCUACCCCUGUGUGCGAGAUGAAGCACCCUAUGAACACGUGGACAAGUUUUUCCAGAAAAUGGAUAAAAACCGAGACGGUGUGGUGACCAUUGAAGAGUUCAUUGAGACCUGUCAGAAGGACGAGAACAUCAUGAACUCCAUGCAGCUGUUUGAGAAUGUGAUAUAAAGAAUCAGAAAGCUCUCAGUUGUUUUUCCUUCAUUAGCAUCACAUCUACAACUCACAAACAAACACAGCACACCCAUGCACCACAAACUCAUCCUGGCAUACAAUGUAGGAACUGUAGCGUUUUUUUGUGUUUCUCACCGCGCUCCUUUAGCUGUAUCUUGCAACUGCUUCCGGAUUGAAAGGACUGCUACAGACAGAAGAAGAGCUUCCUCAGUAUACCUCCUGUCUAUCAUAGUCUGUUUUUGUGUCCUACUUGAAGAAACAGAAGAGCUCCUUGUGUUUUUAUCAAGGAAUAAGCACGCUUACAAUAAUCCACUGACCUGAGCACACAAGGAUACAAGCUUUAACACUAAUACACUUCGUCUCUCUCUCACUCACACACACACACACACACACACAAAAACAUACUCUCACAUACACACUGACCCGCUGUUUCCUCAAAAGGUUUUAAAGCACUGGAUGAAGUGAACUAAGAGCAGCACGGAGGAAUAAAACGAAAUGAACUAAAGCAUGUUUGUCAUCAAAUAUGUGAUGUGGAAUGAGCUUGCACUAAGAUUUUACGUAUUAUGUGCUCCUGAAGUAAAGGCACUGUAGAUACCUGCACCUGAUACACCACUGGUGGAAACCAGUGUAUGUAUAUAUGUAUAGUUAACAGUUAUAUACCCUACGUUGUAUUGGUCUCAUCUGUGCUGCACUGAGUGAUGGAAUAGGACCAGAGUAUUUGUUUAAAAAAUCUCUGUGUUAAUCAGUUUGACAUCGUGUUUAGUAGCAAAAUUUAAAUGUAUUAUUCAAAUAUUUCUCUCUCUCUUUUUUAUUUUGAAAGAUGUCGGAUUAUGUUUAACUGGUCAGAUUGGAAAUGUUGAGUCUGUUCAGUACUGUGAGGAAACAAAAGGACUGUUAAAAGUGUGUUCUUGUGCUGAAUUAAGGCUUUAUCUUGGUUCUUCAGUAUCUAUGAGCAUGCUGACUCUUAAGUGCCACAGUAUUAUGUACAGUACAGUUAGACCUUUUGUGAUGUUGGUUCAUUAAAGAUGCUGUUG